AAAGGACAUUAUCACUAUCUGUGACGCAGUUUACAAGCAGUGUACCAAUAUUAUAAAAACGACAGGAGAGAAAGAAAUCGCCAGUCGAUGAUUUUGCAGCUUUGCAUACCAGUCAUCCGUAAACAUACUGACUUUGAUUUUUUUCAUCGCAAGCUAGCGGAUUUUGAAUAUUUAUUUCCCUGUCUGCAAUAAUCAUUCAUCAUGUGCAGUUCCGAGCAAAACAUUUUGAUGUCUUCGUACGGCAUGAAAAUGGCAAAUCUUGUUCCAUACUUUCAGUUUUUCCCGAGCUCAGGCCAGCUCUCGGCUCUAGAUUUCCAGCGAUUCCAGAUGUUGAACCACGGUCCUAAAAUACAGUUCGGGAUGCGCGGGUACCCGUCUACCCUCGGGGUGCUGCCGUACUCCGCGGGACACAUGAUGGACCCUUACGCCCAGGCCUGCUUCUACAAACACGAUCUGCGAGCGGGUUUCAUCCAGGAGGAGCCGAAACCCAACUACAGCUACAUUGCCCUCAUCUCCAUGGCCAUUCUCGGCUCCAAGGAAGAGAAGCUGGUUUUGGGCGACAUCUACCAGUGGAUCCUCGACAACUACUCCUACUUCCGAACCCGGGGGACGGGCUGGAGGAACAGCAUCAGACACAAUCUGUCUCUGAACGAGUGCUUCGUCAAGUGCGGUCGCAGCGCCAACGGCAAGGGGCACUACUGGGCCGUGCACGAAGCCAACGUGGACGAUUUCAAGCAGGGGGAUUUCAGACGCCGCCGGGCUCAGAGGAAAGUCCGCCGCUACAUGGGGCUGUCGUUUCCAGGAGAGGACGACGAUGAUAGUCUCUGCUCGUCGCCGACGCCGACGCCCAACUGGGCGGGACGUUCCCCGGAGGACCGAGAACGACAGUCGUUGUCGUCGCCGUCAGCCGCGUCAUCAUCGCCGCGGUCUUCGGCAAGCCCCGACAAAGAGAUGGACAAUGCCGAAGUCACGGAACUCUCCGAAUCUGUAAACAAACAUGCUUUUCAUUCGAACGAAAGUAACGGACACUCGGACACUUCCGUAGAAUGUGAGGAAGAACUCGGCAAAGAAGAGAAAACACAGAAUCUUCGUGAGUCUGUUUUGAAAAUGAAAGAUGAGAAAAAUCCACAGAUGAUGACCCGGGUCAUUGCGCAGCCGCCGAAAAAGAGACUUUUCGAUAUAGAGAGUCUGCUGGCGCCGGACACUAAACGCGUGUGUAUCCAGGCCCGGACAAACGUUUUAUCAGCGGACAGCAAACUACAGUGGACGAAACUAUGGACAGUUUAUCAUAAUCAGUUCGCACCCACCGAGUUAGAUGUUGUUACAUAAACUGAACAAAUAAGAGCGAGAGAAAGAGAGAAAAAAGAAAAGAAAAGAAAAAGAAACAAACAUUUAUCUGAAAUUAAAUUUGUGAAUUCAGUGAAAUGGUGAGUAGUGGUUGAGAUGUUUAUUGUUAUUAUUGUUAUUAUGUGUGGUUGUUUUUUUUUUGUUUUUUUUUGGGGGGGAGGGGGGUAUUUAUGUAUUAGUUGUUAAUGCUGAUUAAAGUGUGAUGUUUAACUGUACUGAAACUACUGUGGUAACACUAUAUAUUUAUAUGUAUAUAUGGUGUUGUUUUAUGUGUCAUGAGAAUAAAAUCACUAUACGUAAUAUCGAUUUUUGUUUUCUUUGUGUAAUAUACUAUGUGUUUAUUAUUUUACCUUAAAACAAUAUUUAAAUAAUGCUAAUAUUAUCCACUAGUGCUGAUGAUCAAGGUUGAACUUAUUUGCAUGCUUAUUUGCAACUAAAAGUUCAAACACGCUGACCUGGGUUGCCUGUCAAUAGAGAGGUACUUUUUAUGUGCAAUUAGUCAU